AAUAAAGUUUUUUGUUGAGGUUUGAAUCAACACUUCCGAUCAUGGCUACCGUAGACGUGGAAGAUGAGAGUAUCCUGGCCUCGAUCUUUAAAGACAGCUUUCCUGAGAACUGGAGAGAGAAUCCGGACUUCGCGGCGUAUCUGUCGCAGUUGUGCUCGUGCGGUGUGGAUGAGUUAAACCGGGAGCCGGAGCGUCUGUCGGAAGAGCGGGCUCAGAUCCUGCAGCAGACCCGUGAGCUGGCCUUCACCAACUACAAGACGUUCAUCAGGACCGCGGACUGCACACAGCACAUCUACACUGACUUUAGCACAGUGGAGAACUGUCUCUCUAAACUCUUACACAAACUACCCAGCUUUACUGAGAGAUGCAGAGGUUUUAUUAAGGAGGCUGAGGAGAUCAGUGUCAGCAGGCGUAUGAACAGCCUGACACUGAAUCGACACACUGAGAUCUUGGAGAUUCUGGAGAUCCCUCAGCUGAUGGACACCUGCGUUCGGAACGGAUACUACGAGGAGGCGCUGGAGUUGGCCGCUUAUGUGAAGAGACUGGAGAAAAAACAUUCAUCACUUCCUGUCAUUCAGGGAAUUGUGCAUGAGGUUCGAUUGUCAGCUCAACUCAUGCUGAACCAACUUCUUCAACAGCUGCGUAGCAAUUCACAGCUUCCGGUUUGCCUGCGUGUGAUUGGAUAUUUGCGCAGAAUGGAUGUUUUUACCGAAGCCGAGCUGCGCGUCAAAUUCCUGCAAGCCCGUGGGAGUUGGUUGCGAUCCAUUCUCACCGCAAUCCCAGAUGAAGACCCGUACUUUCACAUCACAAAGACCAUCGAAACCUGCCGCGUGCAUCUCUUCGAUAUUAUCACCCAGUAUCGUGCCAUCUUCUCCGACGAGGAUCCGUUGCUGCCACCCGGAGGUCAGGCUUUGAACGAGAGCGCCAUCUUUCAUGGCUGGGUGGUGCAGCAGGCGGCACAGUUUUUGGAGACCCUCGAUCGGGACCUCCAGCGUGGGGUGGGAAGCCGCUUGGAUUCUUUGCUUGGCCAGUGCAUGUACUUCGGCCUUUCCUUUAGCCGGGUCGGAGCGGAUUUCCGUGGCCAACUCGCUCCCAUAUUUCAGCAGGUUGCCAUGGACACGUUCCGGAAAGCUGUUCAGGAAGCGGUUGACAAGUUCCAAGAAGAUAUGAACUCGUACACACUGAUUUCUUUCCCAUCAAUACUUGGAAGCACCAUUCCACCAGCGGUCCCGAGCACCCAGCCAGGCACACUGCAGCCCCCCAUGGCCCUUCUGGAUUUCCCACCUUUAGCCUGUUUCCUCAAUAAUGUCCUGACGGCCUUCAAUGAUUUAAGACUGUGCUGCCCUAUUGGACUUGCUCAGGAAGUUAGCAGAUGCGUUGAGGAAGCCCUUAUUAAGGUGACCAAGUUAAUCCUGGUUUUCCAUCGAGCCGAGGAAUCUGCCUUCAGUAGCCGUGAACGGGACUUAUUCGUUCAGUUCUGCAGUGCAUUUGCUGAGGACAUGGUGCCUUUCUUGAAUCGAUGUCUACAAGUUCUCUUUCCUCCAGCACAGCUUGCACUUGUUCUAGGUGUCCCUCCAACCCAGGUUUAUAAGUAUGGCAGUCUAGGCUGCAUAAAUGUGAAUAUGGUUCUGGAGCCGCUGGAGUUUGUUCUGCCCCAGAAGGAGCCUGUAACCGCUGUCCUGGAUCUCUGCACUGACCUGAGCAGCCUGACAACAGCUGAAUCAGAUCCCUCGACUGCAGUCAAACCAUUAACUCCUCAAGAAGACAAGCCUGUCUUUUCUGAACAAGAAAAGCCUGUGUCAGCAUCGGAUUCUCAUCUUUCUCAAAAAGAGAACAUUUCUGCUGAAGCGGUCACUACAGAGCAAAACGACCCAACCCCAGAGCCUGAAAUCACCUUUGAUGUACAGGACUUACCAGAUGAUUUGUCCACAACAGUUAUUAAUGUUGAGGAGACGUUGUCGAAAUAAAAAGCAACAUUUGCUGUAUAGCAGGGGUGUCCAAUCCUGCUCCUGGAGAGCUAAUGUCCUGUAGUGUUUAGCUCCAACCACCUCCAACUACAGUUUCUAGUGAGUCUGAAGCCCUUGAUUAGCUGGUUACGGUUACUCCAGGAAUAGGUUUAGAAACCCCUGCUGUAAAGUGUGUGUUGAAUGCUAGGUGUCCUAAACGAUGAAGCUUGGUUUUGAUAACAAAUAACCAUCUGGACAUACUUAUACCAGGGUUUAGUUUGCAAUAUUAUUGGCAACUUUAUUUGGUGAAGGUAAUAAUGUAAUAUAUUAUGUAAUUAUAUAUGGUAAAUAUUUAAAUUGUGGGGGAAAAAAAUGUCAGUUAAAUCAUGUUUUCUAUGACUUGCAAUGGUCCCAAAAAGUAUUUUGACACUUAAGUCAAACUUAAAAUGUCUGAAUGUCAUUGCAUUUUAAUAAAUGCCACUUGCUUUGUUUUAUUUUUUAAAGAUAGCAUAGCACAAGCACUUUAAGCAAAAUAUUUCACAAAAGACAUAUACUGUACAAAAAAGACGACAAAAUAAAUUGUUUAAUUUUCUGUUUAUUUGUGGUUAUUGGAACAUUCUUAAUGACCUAAAACUGUUUUUCUACUAGGACACCUGUGAAUUUGUUAAGUUUAGACUUCACGCACAGACUAAAAAGCAUGUGUGAUUAAGUUGGUUAAACAUUGCAAAAAACAAAAAAAAAAAGUUCAGUGAAAAGCUUGUGCACCAUUUGUCUACAAAUACAAUAUUAAGUUUAACUUAAGUGUUCAAAAACAUUUUGGGUCUUCUGUAUGUGCUUGUAAUUUACUCUGUUUACCUCUUCUAUGUUUUUGUUUACUCAUUUUCCAGGGUGGGAGGGGAAGGUUUAUUAAAAUUGGAAAAAAAAAAAAAAAA